CCAGCAGCCGCUCACACUGAGAUCUUUGUCACAAACUGUUGGACUUCCUGCAGAAAGAUGGAGACACUGCUCGCACUCUGGAUCGCUCUCGCCAUCACCGCCUCGGCGUCUUCCACUACGACCGUUCCCAAGACAACAAUCUCAUCAGUCACCAGCAGUCCAGAUGUUUCUACACACGCUGUUUCCAUGACAACAGAUCACACCAAUAGCUCGGCCACCUCUGACCCCAACAUAAACACCACAACUGGUCCCAACGUCACGCAGUCCAGUUCCAGUACCACCAGUAACACCACAACUGGUCCCAACGUCACGCAGUCCAGUUCCAGUACCACCAGUAACACCACAACUGGUCCCAACGUCACCGAGUCCAGUCCCAGUCUCACCAGUAACACCACAGCAGCAGCAACAGAUGGAUCCACCAAUGCGACAACCUCCGACAGAAACACAACAACCAUUACCAUGACAACCAACUCUCCAAACGGUUCUUCUGUAACCACGGAGACACCAAACACCGCCAACACCACACACACUGCGACGGUUUCCCCCGACAACAGCACUCAUGUCAGCUCUACAUCCACCUUGACGACGUCUAAUGUUACCAUAGCAACAACAAAUAGAACUACAACAGCCAGCAGCUCACCUGUUUCUGUUUCCCCGAGUAAACCAAUCACAUCGCAGAGCACGACCCCGUCCCCGGCCAGUGGCGGCGUACCGGGAUGGGGGAUCGCUCUGCUGGUCCUGGCUGCUCUGGUUCUGCUGCUGCUGCUCCUGCUGCUCAUCGGACUGCUGGUGUGGUGGUGCUGCUUUAAGGGGCGCCACAACGACACCGGUGCCUACGACCAUCUGACCCACAGAGAUGACAUCCCUCUGUACACCACGCACGGCCGCUUCGACGGGGCCAACGGGAAACGAUACGAAGACCUGGAUAAACCAAUGAAGAACCGGACGGGGACGUAUACGGUCAACCAAUAGUGACAGAGACGACGUCAACAAACAAUUUUACACACUCUUUCCAUUUUUUGUGUUUUUUAUUUGUAUUUCAUUUUAAUGAACA